AAUAUUUAAUUUAACCGCGGACGCUACUCUGUAAUAACAAGAACGAUACGAGGAGAGUGUCUUAGCACUUCAUCUAUUAAAUAAAAGGGGAAAGGCACUGUCUAUAAUUUCAUGUUGUUCUUUAAAAUGUAUCUUACGCUGGUCCCGUUAGCCUCGCUCACUCAAACCAGACAAUAAUGUAAGUUGAGAGAAUAAAAUUGCUAGGAGUGGAAGCUUGGCUAGCUAGCUAACGGUUGCCUAGGUUAGCAAUAAAUCUGCAAAAGCGAACCUCUUCGGGAUAAACCAGCAAAAAUGAUCCUCUCGCGCGUGAAGCCUGCGGUUGGAGGAGAGUCGGCGCUGAGCAUCAGCGAGAAAAAGAGGAAAAACAAAAACAAGGUUCCCAGUUUGGAGGAGUACCUGCAGCAAAGAGAUUACCUGGGAGCUCUGACACUGCUGGAGUUUCACAAAAGUAUCGGAGAAAAAGAAGAGCAUGCAGACCUCUGGAUCGGUUACUGCGCCUUUCACUUGGGGGAUUACAAGAGAGCCAUGGAGGAGUACAGAGCUCUCACUCUGAAACCGGACUGUCCCGCUGAAGUCUGGGUCUACUUGGCCUGCGCCUUGUUUUUCCUCGGCCUCUAUAAAGACGCGGAGGACGCCGCAUCCAAAGCGCCCAAGUCGCCGCUCCAAAACCGGCUGCUGUUCCACUUGGCUCACAAGUUUACCGAUGAAAAGAGGCUGAUGGGUUUCCACCAGAACCUUGAGGAUGUGACUGAGGACCAGCUGAGUCUGGCGUCCAUCCAUUACAUGCGCUCGCACUACCAGGAAGCCAUAGACAUCUAUAAACGCCUUCUGCUGCAGAACAGAGAUUUCCUGGCUGUGAACGUGUACGUGGCUCUGUGCUACUACAAACUGGACUACUACGACAUCUCCCAGGACGUGUUGGCCGUGUACCUGCAGAGCAUCCCUGACUCCACCAUCGCUCUCAACCUCAAAGCCUGCAACCACUUCAGGCUGUACAACGGCAAAGAGGCCGAGAGCGAGUUGAAGAACCUCAUCGACAUCUCCUCCUGCUCCUUUGAGUUUGCCAAAGAGCUCAUCCAACACAACCUGGUGGUGUUUCGAGGUGGGGAGGGCGCGCUGCAGAUGUUGUCUCCUUUGAUCGAUGUGAUCCCCGAAGCCAGACUCAACCUGGUCAUUUACUAUUUGAGACAAGAUGACGUCCAGGAAGCUUACAACCUCAUCCAGGAUCUGGUUCCCACCACGCCUCAGGAGUAUAUUCUUAAGGGAGUGGUCAACGCUGCGCUCGGACAGGAAAUCGGAUCGAGAGAUCACUUGAAAAUUGCAGAGCAGUUAUUUCAGUUGGUUGGAGGAUCGGCCAGUGAAUGCGACACCAUUCCCGGCAGGCUGUGCAUGGCGUCCUGCUUCUUCCUUCUGAGGCAGUUUAAGGAUGUUCUUAUUUAUCUGAACUCCGUCAAGGAUUACCUCUUUAAUGACGACACGUUCAAGUUCAACUGCGCCCAGGCCAAAGCUGCCGUUGGGAAGUACAAAGAAGCAGAGGAGAUUUUUCUGUCCAUUCAGAGUGAAAAGAUCAAAAACGACUACGUUUACCUCAGCUGGCUGGCUCGAUGCUACAUCAUGAACCAGAGGGGCCAGCUGGCCUGGGAUCUGUAUCUGAAGAUGGGCACUUCCUCAGAUUCCUUCAGUCUGCUGCAGCUUAUUGCUAAUGACUGCUACAAGAUGGGUCAGUUCUACUACGCAGCCAAAGCCUUUGAUGCUCUGGAGAAACUGGACCCCGGUUCCAAUUACUGGGAGGGCAAACGGGGGGCAUGUGUCGGCGUCUUUCAGCUCAUCCUGGCAAACAAGGAGUCCAAGGAGACACUUAAAGAGGUUCUGGCACUUCUCAGAAACUCUGGGAAUCCUCAGGUUGAAUACAUCAUCCGUGCCAUGAGGAAGUGGGCCAAAGACAACAGAGUCCUCUUGUCCUGACGACCUUCAGCGUCAGACGUGUGCGGGCUGGACGCAUUUAUGUGGCUUAUUCUCCGUCACACGCCUGUCAGUUUUAGUAAAAACGUGGAUGUUUUGGGUGAAAGUUGUCCCUAUAGAUGUAUAUUUGUAUUAAAGUUUUGUUUUCUUGUUUUUUUUGUAUAAA